ACUCUCAUCCUCAACUUAACAUUUAUUCAAAUCACAUCUCUCUCUCUCUCUCUCAAAUCUCUCUCUGAAUUCUCUCCCAAACAAAAUUUGUAUAGAUUCAUAGAUUUAUACUCACACACACACACACAUAUAUGUAACGAUGGUUUUAAUGGCAUAUGAGGAUCCACAGUCAUCAUCUCCAGUGACAAUUACAGUGUCUUCUUCAGGUGGCUUUCGGAACAUUGGCUUAUCGAGUCCGACACGAAGGCACUCGGUAUCGAAUAACCCCAAUUCUCCGCUGAGUGGAAUUGAAUUAAGCGGAGGAAACAGGAGGUCUUCAGGUGGUGGUAAUGGGAGGUUUUUGUCAAUGUCUAAAGAAAGUGCAGAUGAAUUUGUGGGCUACACAGUUCACAUUCCAUCGACUCCUGAUAACCGGAUGUUUCCGGAACAUUCUGGAACUGAAAGCCCUCCGGAAGAUGAUGAAAACAGAAACCCUAAUGAGAAUUACCUGAGGGAUACUGUUUAUACUGGUGGAUUCAAUUCAGAGACUAAAGCUCAUCAUGUGAUGUCUAAGUGGGGGGAAGAGCCUGAAAUUGCGGUGAAAUCGAAGAAAUUGUGUGGAAUGGAUGGUUGUGAUGAGAAAUUGGUUGAUGGGGGUUUGAGGAGUUAUCAGUGUGAAUGUGGGUUUAAGAUUUGUAAGGAUUGUUACUUGGACUGUAUUGGGAAUGGUAAUGGUGAUGGAGGGUUCUGUCCGGGUUGUAAAGAGCCUUAUAAGGAUGAUAAUAGCGAUUACGAAAGAGAUGAGGAAGCUAAGGAUCAGCCUAAUUCACUUCCCAGAAGUAGAGGGGUUAAGUAUGGGAAGAACUUUUCUUUGGUUCAAUCAUUUAAGGCGCACCCGAAUCAAGAUUUUGAUCAUACUAGAUGGUUGUUUGAGACUAAUGGUACUUAUGGCUUUGGGAAUGCGGUUUGGCCUAGAGAAGGGUAUGAAUUUGGAAGAGGGAUUGAUGAGCAUGAAAAUCAUCCUCCUAAGUUUAAUCAGUCAAGAAAUAGGCCUUUGACUAGAAAGGUUGGGAUUUCUGCUGCAAUUAUCAGUCCAUAUAGAUUGAUUAUUGUUAUGCGACUUGCUGCACUGGUUUGCUUUCUGAUGUGGAGGAUUUCUCAUCCUAAUCACGACGCCAUGUGGUUAUGGGUGAUGUCUGUUGUUUGUGAAGUUUGGUUUGCUCUGUCUUGGAUACUUGAUCAGCUACCAAAGAUCUGCCCUGUAAAUAGAGUGACUGAUCUUUCUGUUUUGAAAGACAGAUAUGAUUCCUCUGACUUGAAUAACCUUACCAAAGGUUUAUCUGAUCUUCCCGGAAUAGAUAUAUUUGUUUCAACAGCUGAUCAUGAAAAAGAACCGCCUCUUGUGACUGCUAACACAAUUCUUUCAAUCCUUGCUGUUGAUUAUCCGGUUGAGAAAUUGGCGUGUUACCUAUCAGAUGAUGGAGGUUCUUUAGUAACAUUUGAAGCUAUUGCGGAAGCUGCAAGCUUUGCUAGUAUAUGGGUUCCAUUCUGUAGAAAACACAAGAUAGAGCCAAGAAAUCCCGAGGCAUACUUUUCACAGAAACGUGAUCCACUCAAGAACAAAGUGAGGGUUGAUUUUGUCAGAGAAAGGAGGCGAGUAAAACGAGAAUAUGAUGAGUUUAAGGUAAGGAUAAAUGCAUUGCCGGAGUCCAUAAGGAGAAGGUCAGAUGCCUGUAAUGCACAUGCUGAGAUGAAAGCAAAGAAGGAGCAGAUGAAUAAAGGGGGGAAUUCUUCUGACUUGAUUGAGGUUUCAAAAGCUACUUAUAUGUCUGAUGGGAAACAAUGGCAUGGAACUUGGACGUCAGCAGAGAAGGGCCAUUCGAGGGGGGAUCAUGAGGGUAUAAUCCAGAUGAUGUUAGUUCCGCCAAAGGCUGAAGCUGUUUAUGGGACCGGGAAUGAUGCUGAGGAUCUAAUAGACUCAACUGAUGUUGAUACAAGAUUGCCAAUGUUGGUUUAUGUCUCACGUGAGAAGCGGCCUACAUUUGAACACAACAAGAAAGCUGGAGCCAUGAAUGCUCUAGUUCGCGCAAGUGCAAUCAUGUCUAAUGGUGCAUUUAUUCUUAAUCUGGAUUGUGAUCAUUACGUUUAUAAUUCAAUGGCUCUGAGGGAAGGAAUGUGUUUUAUGCUUGAUAGAGGCGGUGACAAGAUCUGUUAUGUACAAUUCCCACAAAGGUUCGAGGGGAUUGAUCCAAAUGACCGCUAUGCAAACCAUAACACAGUGUUCUUCGAUGUGAACAUGAGAGCCCUUGAUGGGUUACAAGGUCCAAUGUAUGUUGGAACAGGCUGCAUUUUCAGAAGAAUUGCUCUUUACGGUUUCAGUCCUCCAAGAGCCACAAACCACAUUGGAUGGUUUGGUAGGAGAAAGAUCAAGUUUUGUUUGAGAAAGAAGAAGGAGCCAAAGAGUGAAGCAGAAGAUGAAAUGAUUAUACCUAUCAUGGAAGACGAGGAUGCUGGUGAUGAAGUUUCCAGGUCUUUGAUUCCUGAACGGUUUGGUGAUUCAACUUACUUGAUGGACUCUAUAGGUGUUGCUGAAUUUGGAGGAAGAUUGCUUCAUAAUUUUAGAGGUAAAGGUAGCCAAGGCAGGUCAGCUGGAUCUCUUGCAGUGCAACGUGAGCCUGUAGACCCUGCAGCAAUCAAGGAGGCUAUACGGGUUAUAACAUGCUUCUACGAGGAUAAAACUGAAUGGGGCAAAAGGGUAGGAUGGAUUUAUGGUUCGAUAACAGAAGAUGUUGUGACAGGAUAUAGGAUGCACAACAGAGGAUGGAGAUCAGUCUACUGUGUCACAAAACGAGACGCCUUCAGAGGUACAGCUCCUAUUAAUCUAACAGACAGACUCAUCCAAGUCCUCAGGUGGGCUACUGGCUCUGUUGAGAUUUUUUUCUCCAGAAACAAUGCCCUUUUCGCAAGCCCCAGAAUGAAAUUCCUACAGAGGAUAGCGUAUUUCAAUGUGGGAAUGUAUCCAUUCACUUCACUCUUCCUCAUUGUAUACUGUGUCUUGCCUGCCAUUUCACUCUUCACUGGAAAGUUCAUAGUCCAGUCCCUCAAUGUGACUUUCCUAACUCUUCUAUUGGCGAUUACCCUAACUUUGUGCAUGCUAGCAAUCCUUGAAAUCAGGUGGUCAGGAAUCACUCUCCAUGACUGGUGGCGAAAUGAGCAGUUCUGGUUGAUUGGUGGAACCAGUGCUCAUCCAGCAGCCGUGAUUCAUGGUCUACUAAAAGUCAUAGCUGGUGUUGACAUCUCCUUUACAUUGACAUCAAAACCUGCCGCUCCAGAUGAAGGUGAAGACGAGUUUGCAGAGCUACACGAGUUCAGAUUUACAGUCCUGAUGAUUCCACCAGUGACCAUCAUACUACUGAACAUCGUUGCCAUUGCAGUGGGGGUGUUUAGAACAAUGUACAGCCCUUUCCCAGAGUGGAGCAAGCUUCUUGGAGGCGUUUUCUUUAGCUUUUGGGUCCUGUCACAUCUCUAUCCAUUCGCCAAGGGGUUGAUGGGAAGGAAGGGGAAGAUUCCAACCAUAGUUUAUCUUUGGUCUAUGUUGAUCUCCAUCGUCGUCUCCUUGCUCUGCGUUUACAUAAACCCUCCCUCGGGCACUCAGAGCUACAUGAAUCUUAAGUUCCCUUGAGAAGUGUUUGCAAUUCUUUUACUAUUGGUAGGCAAGUCAUAUAGCUUGAAGUUCCUUUACUUCUCAAUUACUAUUCUUUGUGCUCUUUUCACAGAGUGCUAUAAGCUUGCACCUCCUCCCAGGCUUUGUUGUAAUAGAUAAUUUUACUCUUGUAUCCUACAUUUUCAUUCAAAUUGAAUUGUAACUGUUCAGGAUCUUCCUCAUUUUAGUAGUUUUCUUCUUGUUGUUGAAGAUACAUUUUAGCAGUUUAAACAAGUUCCUUUAUUCACAA